AAUGAAUUAAUUGGGGGGGACAAAUCACAUAAUGCAAUUGAUUCCUCAAACAGCUCAACAAUUCAAAAUGUCGAACCAUCCGCUCCUCCUCCUCCUCCUUCUCCAGUAGAGCGGAAGCUGUCUCCUUCAGGUUUCAAUUCAACGAUGAAGCGAACGACGUCGUCACUAGUCAAAUCCUCUGAGAGCGGCGACGACGACUCUUCUUACUCUACACGAAGGUCGUCUGCUUCAAGGAGACACCGGAGCUUGAGCCGUUUCUCUCACCGCAUGCUGGAUCCUGAAAUCGAAGUGACUCCGAUGAGAAAGGGGAAGUUUGUGAACACCGUGAGAGGUUCUGGAUUCGGUGAAAUUAGUCUCGAUGAUUUAGCCGUUGAGUUUUUUGAAUCGUUUUCCGGUGAGAGCGAGAUUAGUAGUGGAGAAAGAGGAAGAUCUGGUUUAAGAAAGUCCGGCGGAGGAGAGGAGACGAAUUCGCAGAGGAGGGGACGGUCUGUUUCUAGGGGUGCUGGUUCUGGUGGUGGUUUACGGAGGUUGGAUGCGGAUACUGAAAGCUCGAGACGGCGGAGGUCGUUGUCUAGACAGCCGGCGAGUAAUCGUGGUGGUUCAGUUAGGGUAGAUCCGGUGAGUAGCAAUUCGAGCCGGCGAAGGUCGGUUUCUAGACAACCGAGGGAGAGGCAGGUUAACGGCGACAACGGCGGUAGUUCAAUUGGGGGAGUUAGUGAUAACGCGAAUUCGCGGCGGCGACGGUCGCUUUCUGUUGUCCGUCAUCGGAUUGAGAAUUCUGAGAGUGAUGUAGAUCAAGCUCAGUAUUUAAGCAGUUCAAGGGAUGUGAAGAGCUACAUGGGUGGAAAGAGUCAAAACAGUGGGUCUCAGAAAUCUGCUGCUUCAGAUAAUAGACAAGGUCUUAGGAGGUCUUGUAGCCAAAAUCCAAUCAAAUACCAUGAUGGCUACUCUAGCCAUUCCUCUGCAGUCACAGAUGAUGAAGGAAAAGAUUCCAGGUCAAGCAAGCAUGGAACUGAGAGGAUAAUUCGAACAGUAUAUGCCCAAAAUAAGGCAACACCAAAGAAAAGAUCAUCUUUGGGGAACUCUGAUUAUGGUUCCCAGCAGAAACCCCAUGAGGAUCACCGUACAAUUUCCACAUUUAAGAAAGGUUAUGCAACAAAACUGCAAGAGUCUGAGGAGCGAAAACGGGAUUUGCUGGCUGAGAUUAUGCUGGAGGAGCAGCGUGGUAGAGAGCUUUCUAUGAACUUGAAUGAAUUACUCACAGAAAAUAGUUCUGAAGCUGAGGAAAAGCCGUUGCGGACGCGAAAGAGGAGCAAGGAUCGGAGCAGGAGGACGUCCAUGUGUUUGACAGAUGAAGCAGAGCAAUUCAUCGACGAAUUCAUAUCAAACAUAGAAGACACAGACUUUUCAUCACUGGAGGAUGAGAGGAGCGAAAGUAGUUCAAGUUUUGGGAUGAUAAAAUCACAAAGCUCUCAAAGUGCCACUGUUUUGAAGAGUGUCGCUGUUGAAAUGGAUGGUGUUAUGCUUCCUUGGUUGCAAUGGGAAGCUCCAGACGACACUUCUGCAGCAUUGACAUGCCUAAAUAAGUCGCCACACACACCAAACACAAAAAGUCUCGUCUGGGAGUCGGAUCCAACUCAGGAUGCAUCAAGUGGGCAAGGGACGAGCAUUGGUACCAUAAGUAGCAGAGGAAGCUGGAGCCCAUAUUACUCAUCCACGAAGCCUGUGAAUCCCAUAAGAAGACUAAAGAUCGAUGUAGCUGAGUAUCUGAAACGACCUAACAGCUCCGAUAUUCUAAAUGAGGCGUGGAAGCUAAGGCACAGAAUCAGUUCGGGAAGCCUUGUGCUAUGUAGCCGCUCAUUGAUCUAAGGCUUUGUGACCCCAAAAGCAGUUGUAGGUUUUUAUUUUCUUAAUCGUCCUUUGGACCACAACUGAGUCAAAAACAUGUCUCUGUACAGUUAACUUUAUGGUGUCUUUAUUCAGUCAGGUCUGAGUCGUCCGACUAGUUAAGCAACGGCAAGUAGGCACAGAUUUAUUACAAUAUUUUAUUUUGAAUCACAAUUUCUAUUUCCUAAUCA